AUGGACACCAACAAAUAUGCAGCAACGGCCCGACCAAGUGAGCUGACCCAUAUCUUCACCAAUCAGGACAGUCCAAACGACCCCGGCUGGAAACCGCCUUUCAUCGUCCAUGAUGGUGGAGAAGACUGCGGUCACCACAGGCUGUUCGUCAAUCAGCCUACUAGUGAGCGUCCCAGCAAAGGUGGCCAUGCCGUUUCCAUCGCCGACAUUUUACAGGCUCGAAGACGGAAAGCCUUCCGGUAUGAUGCCUACAGCUCGACGGAGUCAGGUUUCUGGAUGCACACUGCCCAUAUUGUCGACAUGCAGGCAGUUCAGACUGUCACUCAUACGAUUCCGCGAUAUUUCUUUCGAGUUCUCUCAGAGAUUUCGGCUGGUGUCAACACGAAUGACUGGUUCCGAAGCGAGGCAGUAAGGCAAGGUCUGGGUGCAGCGAUGGAAGACACCAGUGAGGCAGACAUCAGAGAAAAUCUGAGGGACCAUAUGCAUGAGAAGAAGGAUGGAUUUGCCAGUCAGUGGAUAUCGUUCACGAAGUCUCUCCUCGUCGCGUUGAACCGGGCUGUCAGGUUGAAGCAGAAGGGGCACAAAAACAUUCGCCUUGCUAUCGUUGACACAUUCAAACUUGACUCCGAAUCGAAGAUCUUCAGUGCAAGAGCGCUGCUCAAGGCCUAUGAUAUCAAUCUGUUCUUACGGAACUUGGAAGGCGCCGAAAUACUCGUGUGGGGGGAACUGAUCGCUCCAGCAGCCCUGAUACCUUUGGAGGAGUAUCUUCGAGGUGAGCGUGUUGAGAAUGGACUUUUUGAAGAAGGUUUCCGGCAGCUGCAACCUCAGCACUUUAAGCCUCUAGGAGAAGACACCGAUACUAUCCGAAAACAACGGUCCGGAGCCCUGAAUGCCAACUUGAGAGCCCCAUGUCACAUCAGGCCUACCAACUACUCAACUACCCGAGACUCGCAGCAGAAGAACAGAAGGGUCCCGAUGGCCGCAAAUAUCAUGCGCAAACAAGUUGACGUGGUCAAGAAACACUUUCCCUUGGAGUUUCAGUUUCCAGUCUUGAUCGCUCUUUUGUCUUCGCUACUUUACAAGUUCGAACGCGAUUCAGUGGUUGAGCAACUCGAGGUGAUCAAAGACGACCCUAUGAUAUUCAAUUAUGACUGCUGGAUCCGACCUUUCAAAUCCCCCGACUUACCUGAACUCGACUUCCAUGACAUUCUGCUGAAGGAAGCUGGCGAAUCCCUGGGACUGAAAGUGUUCUCUCUGGACGUGUUGUUGAAAACAGGAAAGGCCCGGCGCUUUUCGGUGCCAUCCACGCCACAGACGAUACUUCCAAGUUUUAAUCAGACGAAUGUGGACGCUGCAAUUUACUACGGGGACAAAGCAAUAACGGCGAUGAAGAAGAGGAAGGCCGAGGAAGAUGCACAGGCUAGAAGCGCAGCAGACGCUCAGACAAAAAGGCUACGCAAGGCCGUCCGGCCAACAGAAAUGAAGCUACAGGAUAUCUUGGACAGCAUCAAAUGAGAUCGAAGCAGUGGAGAGACACAAAUAUCAGCUCGGCGAUGAAACGGGCGCAAUGCGCUGAUGAAGACCAUGUGAAAUGAGGCUUCCGGGUAUGAGAGAGUCAACUGCGUGUAUAUAGGAGACAUAUCGCGUUCAAUCCAGCGUAGCAUCAUGAAGUCCAUGACCAUACGAUGAACCUGCGAAUCGGCACCAGGGAACGUAAUUACCCGC